AUGGAAGAGAUGGAGCAGCCCACUGAGGAGCUUCUCCGAGAAAACCAGGAACUGAAGGAGAUCUGCACCAGCCUCCGUCAGCAGAACUCAGACGCUCAGGCAGCGCUGCAGAGGGAGCAGGGAAAAGUGCAAGAGAUGGAGCAGCGCACUGAGGAACUUCUCCGAGAAAACCAGGAGCUGAGGGACAGCUGUGCCAGCCUGCAGGACCUGAGCUCACGCAGGCAGGAGGAGUUAAAGAGGAAGCAGGUACAGAUGCAGGGCCUCUCCAGUGAGUGCCAGUCACUCAGCGGCAAACCUUCUCAGCUGGUGGGAAGCUCCUGCGGAAUGAAGGGUUUGAAUAGAGAGCAGCUGUGGUCUCUCUUGCAGGAAAAGGAGGAAGAGAUGGAACAGCACACCGAGGCGCUUCUACGAGAAAACCAGGAACUGAAGGAGAACUGUGCCAGCCUCUAUCAGCAGAACUCAGACACGCAGGGAAAGGUGGAAGAGAUGGAGCAGCGCACUAAGGAGCUUCUCCUUGAAAACCAGGACCUCCAAGAUAAUUGUGCCAAGUGGCAGCGGCUGAACUCAGAUGCACAGGCAGAGCAACAGAGGAAGAAGGAAAAAGUACAAGAGAUGGAGCAGCGCACUGCGGAACUUCUCCGAGAAAACCAGGAGCUGAGGGACAGCUGUGCCAGCCUGCAGAAGCUGAGCUCCUACAGGCAGGAGGAGUUAAAGAGGAAGCAGGUACAGAUGCAGGAAAAGGAGGAAAAGAUGGAGCAGCGCACUGAGGGGCUUCUUCGAGAAAACCAGCAGCUGAAGGAAAUCUGUGCCCGCCUCCGUCAGCAGAACUCAGAUGCGCAGGCAGAGCUGCAGAGGAAGCAGGGAAAAGUGGAAGAGAUGGAGCAGCGCACUAAGAAGCUUCUCCUGCAAAACCAGGACCUCAAAGAUAAUUGCGCUAUCUUGCAGCGGCUGAACUCAGACACUGACGCACGGGCAGAGCUACAGAGGAAGAAGGGAAAGGAGGAAAAUAUGGAACAGCGCAAUGAGGAACUUCUCCGAGAAAACCAGCGCCUGAAGGAGAACUGUGCUGACCUCCGUCAGCAGAGGACGGAUGCGCAGGCAGAAGUGCGGAGGAUGCAAGUACAGAUGCAGACCCAACUUGAUGAACAGAAGGAGCUCGUUGUGAAAAACCAAGCCAUGUCGGAUAGCAUGCAACAUCAACGAAGUAAAAAUGGCGAGCUCCUCCACCGUUUAGCUGCCCAUAAGAGACAGGUGCAAGAGAUGGAGCAGCGCAUCGAGAAGCUACUUCGAGAAAACCAGCAGCUGAAAUAUAGGUGCGCCAGCCUCCCUAAGCCGAACUCAGAUGAAGAUGGCGCAGGCAGAGCUGCAGAGGAAGCAGAAUGCCGGCCAGAGGUGAACUUGGAGCAUGUGCACGAGAAACACAGUGAAAAGGAGGAAAAGAUGGAGCAGCGCACUGAGGGGCUUCUUCGAGAAAACCAGCAGCUGAAUGCAGAUGCACAGGUCGAGCUAAAGAGGAUGCAGAAGGAACAGAAGAGCAAGCUUGAGAAGAUUGAAGAAGAAGAAGAAGCAAAGAAGAGAGCCAUGAAGAAAUGGGUUUAUAUGGCAGGUUCCCUUUCUGCAUGGCUGUGUGGGCAGGUGUCUGUUCUCAGGAGAUGGAAAGGAACAGACCUGAGUUUGACCCCUGUCUAUAACUCCGGCUCCAAGGAGUCUGACACACUCCUGCAGCCUCCACAGGCACCUGCACAUAUGUGGCAGACAUAA